CGGAUGCUUGGUUUAGGGGGGGUGUUGCUAUCACUCAUAGAUUGUUAGAAAGGGGGUGUGGCGCCAAGUCAACCCCCACCCUCUUCCUCAUUCCCCCAAAACAAUACACGCCCGGUGCUCGUGCAUUUGUGGCAGGAGGUUGUGAUGAGGGGUCAGGUUUGAUCUGCGUAGCGCUGUCUGUGUGUUCCGACUCCGGCGGGGGAGCUCAGGCAGGCCAGCCCUCGGCAGCCUGCCGUGCACCCUCCGUCCCUUGUUCCUGCUGAUAAAAAGCGGUCCACGCGGGGAAUCUCAUCACGUUUUACGCAGAUUUAGGUACAGGAUGAAGACACCCAGUGGCCUGCGGACGAAGAUGCGAUAACAACGGUAGGAUUUAAAGGCCUUUUUGCAUUGAGAUCCAUGGCUGUGGUGUGUUAGUGCAGACUGUGUUACAAGAGGAGAUUGAAUGCCUCUAAAAUCUCAAGGCUGUGAGCCCUGUGCAGGGUGAUGAUGAGCAGUAAGGGCAGCAGCAGUAAGGGAAGUGGCCAGCAUGCUGACACUCCACCCCUUCGCCCCUCCCCUGGACCCAAGCUGCAGGUUCAGCGUUCCCACUCUCGCGACACUAUCACCAUACACUUCUCUGCUCUGGGGAAGGAGGAAGAAGAUGAGGAAGAAGAGCUAUAUGGGGUGCCGACUGGAUCAGCUACAGCUAAGUCUGUCCUCGACGGUGCAGGGGGGCUUGGAGGUGUAGCUACAGGGGCAGAAGAGGGCUGUGUUGCCCCAGGCAUGGAGGCAAAAGAGGAGCUGCUGUUUGAAUUAGCUGGUGUGGAGGCCUCCUCUGGAGCUGCUGUACUGCCUGUCUCAUCCACGACACUGUCUGUGCAACCGUUAGACUCCCAGCUACACACACCCUCUCCCUCCAUGCCUAUUAUCCCUAUCUCCACCCACACCCAGUUGACUUCCACCCCUCCAGCUAGCUCCUCAUGGCCCUCUGACAGACCAACCAAUCCUCCAUCUACAAGUUCCAGCUCCUCUUCCCCUUGCAAGUCUGCAGCAUUGUCAUCCUCCAAGCCUUUUCUCAGCCUUGUUCGGUCUUUGUCUAAUGACAUUGAAUCUCGAGAAACCGGCCCUGCGAUUUCCAGUGCCGCACCGUCACAUGCACGUCAUAGACACUUAAUGAAAUCUUUUGUUAAGUCGCUGUCCACGGACACAUCUAAAGCAGAACACCAGGAAGGGCCCCUUCAUCACUAUCCUCAACAUCAGCAAGUGCAACUCUCUCAUCGGCCUCCACCUCGUAACAUGCAGCUCUUCAAACAGUUCUCCCAGCCUCGGUUAUCCUCUUGCCCUGUCACUGUCACUCAAGCAGGAGGCGACUCCAAAACAGCCCCCUCCUCCCCCAUCAUGUCUCCAGAUGGUAGGUCCUUCUUUAAAGUCCAAGAGGUGGAGGCCAAGAUUGAGGACACCAAGCGACGACUUUCAGAGGUGAUGUCAGAUCCCCUGCAGCUUUUUAGUAAGAUUAUGGGGGACGAGUCUGGUGUGGGAUCUGCUGGAGGUGGCGCCCAUCGUGCCAAAUCGCUCUCUUCCAGUGCAUCAGAGCUCAGUGGAGUGACAGCAGUAAACGGACAUGCAGAAACUAACAACAAUUAUAGUAUCAAGGAGGAGGGAGCUGAAGUGGAAGAAGAGGAAGAAACCCCAACAGGAAAGGCCCCUGACUCUCUUCUGACAGAUUUUUUCUCUUUCCCUUCACUGGCACUAGCUCCAGCUCUCACCCAGACCUCAUCAUCAGGUCUCCACAAAUCUCCUUCUCUCACGCUGGGCCGCUGCUCCAUGUCCGCCCUGGUAGCUCGACAGGAAGACGAGGACUUCUGUGAACUCUACAGUGAAGACUUUGAGUUGUGUACUGAUACAGAGACUCCAGAUGGGGAUCAGUCCGUGUCCCGGCAGCCCCAUACUGGCAGCACUGGUUUGUGUAGUGAAUUUGAUACAGAGGAAGAUAAGGCAGAGGAGGAAGUGGAGAAUGUGCCCGUGACUGGCCUCAUAUUUUUCACACAGUUGGUAUAUUGGUACUUAGUCCUUCCAGUGCCUCCAUGCGUAUGUGCUGUGUUGCAUGGGAUUGUAACUGGGUUCAUUCUGGCUUUGCUGGUUCUUUGGCUAUCUUCUCCUCGACGCUCCUCAUCAGGGACCAGAAUUGAGAGGAGGAGGAUAGAGCUGUGGAAUGUGGCUCAGCUGGAUAUUAAAGAACCAGGAAUAUUCAAGGGCUGGAUGAAUGAAAUCCACAGCUACGACCCAGAGAUGUACCACGCCACCCUGACCCAUUCUGUUUACGUCCGGUUAGAGGGCUCAGUCCUACGUCUGUCCAAGCCCAACCGAAACAUCUCCCGCCGUGCCACACACAACGAGCCCAAACCUGACGUCACUUACAUCAGCCAGAAGAUCUACGAUCUGACUGACAGCAAGAUCUACCUGAUGCCCCAGAGCUUGGCUAGAAAGCGAGUUUGGAACAAGAAGUAUCCCAUCUGCAUUGAGCUGGCCAAGCAGGAGGACUUUAUGUCUAAGGCUCAGGGAGAGAAAUCAGAAUCUGGGGAGGACAAAUCAACAGGUCUGGGUGAGACGGUAGAACGAACAGACAAAGCUGAGAGAGCUGAAGGCUCAACAUUAACAGAGGAACCCAAAAGACCAACUUCUGGGGGAGGGGAUCUGACAAUCUACUUAUUUGGGAGGACUGGUCGGGAAAAGGAAGAAUGGUUCCAGAGAUUCCUUCUGGCGUCCAGAAUGAAGUCAGGGGGAAGAGGUGGCAGUCUCUCUGGCUUCUGCAAGAGUGCCUUCUUGCCCUCCCACAGUCGCAGUGGCAGCACCCAGUCUGUUGGCGGCCUGGAGGCUGACAGCAGGAGCAGCAGCAGGGGAAGCCAGGAGGAGCUGUCUCAGCCUCGUCACAGAGAGACCCCCGCUUCUCUGUCCUGUGGCUCCACUGGAGGGAUGAAGCAGAAGAUGCUUUUGGACUAUAAUGUCUACAUGGCUAAAUAUGUUAACCCUCAGGCACCACCAAGAAGCCCCGCUGAGAGCCCUGGAAACAGCCCUGAGAGCAGCCCUAAAACUACCAAAAAGUUGCACAGAAGUUCAGAGGUCACUGCAGAGCCGGAGGCCUGGGUCAAUGCUUUUCUAGGAAGGACAUUCUGGGACUUCCUGGGAGAGAAGUACUGGGCCAAUGUGGUCUCCAAAAAGAUCCAAAUGAAGCUCAGUAAGAUCAGGCUGCCAUAUGUGAUGAAUGAGCUGACUUUAACGGAGUUAGACAUGGGAUUUUCCAUUCCUAAGAUCCUCCAUGCCUCCAAACCCUCUGUGGACCACCAAGGCCUGUGGUUUGAUCUGGAGCUCUCGUACUCGGGCUCCUUCCUCAUGACACUAGAGACCAAGCUGAACCUGGCCCGUCUGGGUAAAGAAGGCGAGGGGCUUGGAGAGCAUGGGAAAGAAUGGCCAAGGCCACGGACAUACUGUCUGGCAGACAGCGAUGAGGAGUCGUCCAGUGCAGGCUCAUCAGAUGAAGAGGAUCCCCCAGAACUCCUCAGUGAUAAGCCUACUCUGCCUGGAGCUGAGGGCUAUGUAGGAGGCCACAGACCCAGCAAGAUCAUGCGCUUUGUGGACAAAAUAGCCAAGUCCAAGUAUUUCCAGAAGGCCACAGAGACUGAGUUCAUUAAGAAGAAGAUGGAGGAGGUAUCCAACACACCCCUGCUCCUCACUGUUGAGGUGCAAGAGUGCCGGGGGACACUGGCUGUCAACAUCCCACCUCCCCCCACAGACAGAAUAUGGUAUGGUUUCCGAAGUCCUCCUCAUCUGGAGCUGAAAGCUCGGCCUAAACUCGGUGAAAGGGAGGUCACUCUGGUUCAUGUAACGGAGUGGAUUGAGAAGAAGCUGGAUCAGGAGUUCCAGAAAAUCUUUGUGAUGCCAAACAUGGAUGACAUAUGGCUACCCAUAAUGCACUCUGCCAUGGAUCCACGUUCAGAUGCCAGCUUGAUGACUGUAACAAAUGAUACCUUGAAGGAUCCAGAACAGGAGGAUUCUGAGGUCUCUGAUGUGUGAAGACAGCUGUUCAGUGACUGAUAUGUUAUCACCAUGACAACAUAUGAAGCCCCCAUUGCCUCUCAGAAAACAAGGUGCAACAACGGACCUGGCCAACUCUUCAACAUGUUUUUCAGUCAUGAAAUAAGCCCUCAAAGCAGAAAAAAAGAAGCCCUAAUGAACUUUUCUCAGAGGUGAUGGAAAAUAAAUUGUGGCAUGAUUAGACUGUUUAACACAAAGAUGGCGUGGUGGAUUGACAAAUAGCCAUCUGAUUCAACCAGAGGAACCACAAUACCUGUGAAGUACAGCUGCACCAAACAUGAUAGUUGUACAGUUCGAACUUUCUGUGUUAUAUUUCUAUCCAGGCAGUUUUAUCAUUGCUAAGAUUCUGAAAACUAAAUGGACACUGAUGAAGAAUGAGUACAAUUGACAGAAUUAUCCUAAAACUCAAAGAUGAUUUUGCUAAAAGCCCAUGCAAUGUCACAGGGAUACCACCACCCUCCUCUCAACUGCUCACUGCUACCUGGCACUUUUUAUGCAAACCGAUCAAUGGCACUGUGUCCAUAAACAACGUUCACAAUGGACACAGUCCUGUCAUAUAGGCUGUGUGCUUUUGACUGUGCGUUAGUAAAAUCUAUCUGCAAACACAGCGGUCCAACGUUGCCUAGGCCCGUUGAAUGUAUAGAGUAAGACAACAGCUCCCUGGCUGUGCGUGAAGUAGCUCAGUCACUGACAACAUGCUUUUAGCAACAUGUUUUAACUGCUCUUUCCAUGUUUUAUUCAAAGUUGAGUAAAAGUAAUACUUUUUAAAUCUUUUUUGCCAAAGCAAUCUUUCAGUCACAUUUUGAAGGGAAGUUAUUAGGUGGCUAAUAAAGCAAUCAGUUUGUAAUUUUCUGCUCUUGAGGCUACUUCAGUGAUGUAAAGCCAGUCUUUUUUAAUAAUCAAAGCUGUAAAUUCGAAGGAUAGAAAAAUGCUCUGCAGGGAGAAGUUUUCUUCUGGGCAGUAACAGACUAAAACCCUCUCAAACAGAAGUAGAUAAAUUUAAGAAGUGUAGGUAAAACAACUGUUUUAUCUCAAUAAACAGCAUUGUGGAUAUCAGCCAUACUAUUUCAUGAUGUUAGCAUUGAGCUAACAAUCCAAUUUCUUGUAUUUUCAACUAUUUAUUAAUUUGCUGUUUUGUGUUGUCCAUGUGCAAGAGCAACACCGCCAGUAAGCUCGAACCACGUGAACUCUGUAUUCUGCCAGGACACCCAUCUGCUUCCCAGGUGACUUUUUAGUUUGUUUUCUGUUCAGACGUGUGUUGGCUAGUGUACGAGGCAGAAAGUGCCUUUAAAAUAAUCAAACAUUCCUUCAUAGUGAGCCACCACAUUUGUUGUGUCAGUUGAGGGAAGAGAGAAAUAGUCUUUGUGCCAUUAUCGUCUGUCAGGACAUGCCCUUUAGUUUUCACAUGUUGGUGUUGUUCAUUUGCACAGUGAUUAAAAAAUAUCAAACAUU